UCUAUCUUCACCACCUACCCCCAACCACCUACCCCCAACCACCAAACCACCAAACCACACCACCAAGUCCAUCCUCAUCCGACCUCCACAUCUCCUUCAAAAACAAGAGCGCAGACUGGACUAAGUCCACGUCGGUGCCCGCACCGCACCGCACCACACAUCCAACACAACACACACACACCUUCCAGAGAAAGGCAACCACACAAAAUGCCCGACUCCCCACCACCACAACGACGACGCUCCCGCUCCCGCUCCCGCUCCCCAUCCCGCCAGCACAAGAAAUCCUCCACCGGCGGCUUCCGAUGGAAGGAGAAGCGUCGUCCGGAGCGUGGGGACGACGACGCCGCCCGAAGGUUAGAUCGGGGGUAUCGCGCGCGGUCGCCGCGGCGGGAGUACGAUUCUCGGGAUGAGGCUCGAGGGGGUGGGUAUGAUCCCCGGGAUCGACGGGACUACUCCAGCCGAGACGGACGGGAUGCGCGAGACCGUGAGCGUGAUCAUCGGGGGUAUCGCGAUCGAGAGAGGGAUGACCGGUACCGCGACCGUCACCGCGACAGCUACCAACCCCGAGAUCGAGACGAGCGCGACCGCGACCGCGACCGACCGGCCGAAAAGCCCAUCUCGACCUCCACCGACGACCCCGCCAGGAAAGAGAAGAAGGAGAAAAAGAAGAAACGGCCGGCGAUCCCCUCCGAGCCCAUGAUCCUGGUGCAUGUCAACGACCGGCUGGGCACGAAGGCCACGGUGCCCUGUCUGCCGUCGGAUACGGUGGGGGAUCUGAAGACGCUGGUGGCGGCGCAGAUCGGGCGGGCGCCGCGCGAGAUCCUGCUGAAGAGGCAGGGGGAGCGGCCGUUCAAGGAUUUUAUCAGUCUGGGGGACUAUGGGAUUACGAAUGGGGUGCAGUUGGACUUGGAGAUUGGGACGGGCGAUUAGAUCCCUUCUGGGUGUUGUGGUUAUUUGGUGGUGGACAGACCGGCUAGAGGAUAAUCUGAUGAUGUGCUUCGGGGGUUUUUAGGCUCGCCUGCGUGUCCUCGCCAUUGCUGAGAUGGUCGUCUUCCAGCUCCUCCUGUAGCUGUAGCUGUAGCUGUAGCUGGCGCUGGCGCUGGGUCUCGCGCCACUCGCCCAACCACCCGCCGACGAACCCGAUCACCUCGCCUUGGGCUUCCCGCACGCCCCUUGGAGGCACCACCCUCUUCCCCUCCCAGUACUCCUCCACCCCGAAGACCCCGUUCUGAUCCCAGUGAUGCACCCCGCCCUCCAUGCCAUCGUACACCUCCUCCG